UACAGCGCCUAUUAAGAAUACUGCCUGUUGUGAAGAAAUCCCUGUCUGCCCCUCCCUUGGGUCAAACCAGGUGACCCCUUUAUCUCCUGGUUUUCUUCUUGGUACAGGCUGGUCAAUCAGGUGACCUGGUCAGAUAAAUUCCUAGGUUGGGGAGCACCUUCUUCCUCCAGCAGGCAUUUUGAAUGCAGCAAGCAAAUACUCCAGGCUGCUGCCUGGAGAUUCACUGUAAGUUUAAAAACAAAAAGAAAAAAAAAAAGGAAAACUAUGGAAACUAGCCAGGAGUUAGGAAUUAUGUGUAGGCCAGUUGCAUCUUAAAAGGAUCACUGAGUCCAAGACUAUAAGACUCUCACGUGCUUACGUUUGCUCAAAGUAUAUUCUCACUUCCUCGUUCUACCCCCUCCCCACCUCCCCGAUCAAUAAAGGUACCAGGUUACAGCGUGCCUUGUUGAGCUACUGUGGGUAGAGAGGGGAAGCCUUUCGCUCCCAACUUGGUCAGUGAAGUUUGUCUUUUUAUUUUCCCUCAGCUACCUGAUGCUAUCUUUGGAUGCUUCAGGCUGAAAGAAGCACCCAGAAAUACUACUGUGGGCAAAGCACCCCCAAGGUUUGCAGGGUCCGUGAGCCCUGGGCUGCACAGAUCCCAAACAGAGACCAGUGCCCAGGUGGUGGCAGUGUUACCCAAGGCUUGUGGGUGUUCUCCAGGAAGUGGGACAGCCAUCUGUAGGCUCCUCAAGGGAGACUCCCAAAGUUUGGUUUUGGGCCUGGCACAGUGAGGCAGGUAGCUCUGCAUAGUAGUGCCCCCUACUGUGCUGCUACACCUGUGAACCUUGUUCAUUUUAUAUUCCGUUUAGUUCUGUGUAUUGCUCCAUAUUUGAUAUCAAGUUUUUUUGUUUCUUCAAAGUGAAUUAGUUGUCUGACAGAAGUGCUUUUUGACUGUCCUCUUGGUUUGCUUAAACAGUUCUGUGUUUUUCUCUUUUGUAGCUACACUUCUAAAUAUUCCAGGCUUCAUUGAGCGACUAUGCAAAUUGGCAACAAGGAAAGUAUCGGAAACAACGGGUACUUCCAGUUUUCUUCAGGAGUUAGAGGAAUGGUACACCUGGCUGGACAAUGCACUUGUACUUGAUGCGUUAAUGCGAGUAGCCAGUGAGGAGGCAGAGCAGAGCAGUACAGAAUCUUCAGAUGAAAGCAGUUUGGCCAACACAUCAACAAGAACCCAGCUGCCACAGUCCAUGAAGAUCAUGCAUGAGAUAAUGUACAAGCUGGAGGUGUUGUAUGUUCUCUGUGUAUUGCUGAUGGGGAGGCAGAGGAAUCAGGUUCACAAAAUGAUUGCAGAAUUCAAAUUGAUUCCUGGUCUUAAUAACCUGUUUGACAAACUGAUCUGGAGGAAACAUUCUGCAUCAGCUCUUGUUCUUCAUGGACAUAAUCAAAAUUGUGAUUGUAGCCCAGACAUUACUUUAAAGAUACAGUUUUUGAGGCUUCUUCAAAGUUUUAGUGAUCAUCAUGAGAACAAGUAUCUUCUUUUAAACAGUCAAGAACUUAAUGAACUGAGUGCAAUCUCUCUCAAAGCAAACAUCCCUGAAGCAGAUGCAGUUGUUAACACAGACAGAAGUCUAGUCUGUGAUGGAAAAAGAGGUUUGUUAACCAGGCUUCUACAGGUCAUGAAGAAGGAACCAGCUGAAUCCUCUUUCAGGUUUUGGCAGGCAAGGGCCGUUGAGAGUUUUUUACGAGGCACCACUUCCUAUGCGGACCAGAUCUUUCUGCUAAAGAGAGGACUUUUGGAGCAUAUUCUCUAUUGCAUUGUUGACAGCGAAUGCAAAUCACGGGACGUGCUUCAGAGUUACUUUGACCUUCUGGGAGAAUUGAUGAAAUUCAAUAUUGAUGCGUUCAAGAGGUUCAACAAAUACAUCAACACAGAUGAGAAGUUUCAGAUCUUUUUGAAUCAGAUCAACAGUUCUUUGGUAGACUCAAACAUGUUGGUUCGUUGCAUUACACUGUCCCUGGACCGAUUUGAGAACCAGUCGGAUGCUAAAGUUGCAGAAGUCUUGUCUGAGUGCCACCUGUUAUCAUACAUGUCUCAGAUGUCCAUGAGGAUGUCCUUCCUUUUCCGCCUAAUUAAUAUAAUUCAUGUGCAGACACUUACACAGGAAAACGUCAGCUGUUUGAACACAAGCUUAGUUAUUUUAAUGCUGGCCCGAAGGAAAGACAAGCUGCCGUUUUACCUUCACACGUUGCAACAGAUGGAAUAUACAGAGAAGUACCCUGGUUUCAUCAUGAACAACUUUCACAGUCUCUUGCGAUUCUGGCAGCAGCAUUACCUCAAUAAAGACAAAGACAGCACUUGCUUAGAAAAUAGCUCAUGUAUUAGUUUUACUUACUGGAAAGAGACUGUAUCUAUACUGCUUAGUCCAGAUCGGACAUCACCUUGUGCCAUAGUUAGCUACAUCGAUGAGGCAUAUAUGGACAUUGACAGAGAUUUCACUGAGGAAUGACUCUUUGGAUGCUGGCUUCUGAUGGACAGUGCUUGGAAGAUACCUCACAGACUGGAUUUUCAGGGAUACGCUGUGAAGUGCGUGUAUGCUUCUUGGAACCAUGGAAUACUACUGCAUUGUUAAAGACUCUUGUCCCGCCUCUGAUCUCUAUAGACUUUUCAAACUGUCGGGGCAACACAUUCAGCCAUAUAUUCCGGUCAUUUUGGGAUAAAAGUAAUUUUCCACAAAAAUCAGGCCUUUUCCUGCUUCUCUCAGGCAAGUGUAUUUAGUUCAAACCCUUUCCAUUGACAGACAAGGAAGUAUUCUAUGUGCCAGCUUAAUUUUGGUUCUUCCUCAUGACCACAGAAUUAGCAGGUUUGAAAAGCACAGGAAAUGUCCCAACCUAUUCAAACACAAGGUCUGACAAACCAGCCGAACUGGGACCCCUGAUGCAUGCAGGCCACACGCACACAGCCACCAGGAGGACUCACAUCAGCUUUAACUUUGGGUUGGGAUUUGGAGUUUAGGUUUGACCAGACUGUGUUUGCUCUUAAUUUCUGGGAACUAUAGCUCUCUCCACCUUAUUACUAUCCACUUUUGGAUUGUUUGUACCAAAAUCUCUUUGGCCAUCAUCUGUUUGACUGUGGUGUUCUACUUGGACGUCUCUGCUUCUGCUGCUGUCCUUUCUGUGGAUACUUCCCAUCUGAAGAUGUAUUUACAACGCUGCAAAGAAGAGACAUUUCAGUAGUAGUGGAAUUGCAGUCUGGGGCCUAGCUUUGACUGGGCAUUAACCAAUUAAAAUUUACUGAUUUUUAAA